AUGAAUCAAAGGACGUUUGAAGCUUUGUGCAAGAUGCUAGCUGAGCGAUAUGGAUUGAAAGAGACUCACCAUGUCUACCUUGAAGAAUCUGUGGCGAUGUUUCUCGAGACUGUUGGUCAAGAUAAGAAGAAGCGGGAUAUUGCUGCAAGGUAUCAAAGGUCAGUGGAUACAGUGCAAAGGAAGCUUGAUGAUGUCUUGAGUGCUAUUCUCAAGUUUGUAGUGGAUACAUUAAGACCACAGGAAGGCGAGUUUGGAAGAGUAAAUCAUGUUUUGAGGAAUGAUGAUCGGUAUUGGCCUCAUUUCAGAGAUUGUAUCGGAGCACUUGAUGGAACGCAUGUCCCAGUUCGCCCUCCAAGUCAAAAUGCAGAAGCAUACAGAGGCAGGAAGCAAGAUCCUACAAUGAAUGUUCGUGCUAUAUGUAACUUCGAUAUGAAGUUCAUAUAUGCAUAUGUCGGUGUACCUGGUAGAGCACAUGAUACAAAAUCUUGA